GUGAAUAAGUGACGACGUAAAUGUGUAGUAAAAUUUCUGUUCCAAUAUAAAAAAUCAUUUUGCAGUUAUUUGUAAUUUAAAAUAAUGGAUAAAACCUUGAACUGGUUCGAAAAGUUGGAUGAUAUACUUGCGUGUCCUGUAUGUUUGGAAAUUCCUACGUCACACAUUUUACAAUGUCAACGUGGGCAUCAUAUAUGUUACUUUUGCUGCACAAAGCUGUCAUUGUGUCCAUUAUGCAAGGCAAAUUUUACUGAACUCCGACCUUUAACUUUAGAGAAUGUAUUUCUAGUAAGUAAAGUAGUAGAGAUGGAAGUAGAUAUUUGUAAGUAUAGAAAAAUAAUUGAGAAAGAGUAUGAAGAUGUUUCUACUCAAACGGAUUUUGUAGUAUCUAGUUCCUGUACACAAACAGAUGAAAACUCAUGUACAAGCUUGGUACAGCUGCAUGAAAGUAUACAAACUGUAAAUUCUGCUAUUUCAUAUCCAUGCCUAAUUGGUUCAUGCAUACUUCAACUGCCAUAUGAACUAUUGAUAAGGCAUCUAAGGGAAUGUCACAAAGAUAUCUUUUAUGAGGUUGAUAAAUGGAGUGUAAUAUUUUCUGAGAAAUGGAUUGUAGAUACCACAACAUUGCCAAGAACUUAUGAGUUUGCAUUUUUUAUAUGUAACAUGGGCUUGUUUUUCUUUAAUGCUAUGAUUCAUGAUAAUGGAAGACUGGUAGUAAAUAUACAAUAUGUAGAUAAGGAUCCCUUAAAAAAGUUGUUCGAAUAUGAGCUCGCACUUAAAAAUGGAAAUUACUACUUACGACGGUUUGCAAUGGUAACAUCAUAUAAACAAAGCAAAGAAAUGCUUUCUCUAUACAGUCUUCACAUGCAUGAAACAGAAAUGUCUGAAAUGAUAAGGGACAACUCAUUUGAAUGCAUAUUAACCAUAAAACCGCGUAAAUUUUAUCGUCGUACUAGAAUUUAA